UGUCAGUUGGCAGCACGAUUCCAUUUCGACCUCGCCGCGCACGCCAGCUACCUGUUCGCGCCACAACGCCGCGCGCAUGGCGCUCCUCCUCCUCGUCCUGCUCUGCUUCGCCGGUGGCGCGGGCGCGGCCGCCGAACCGCCUCGCUCCCCGGCCACCGCGCUCUUCGUUCUGGGCGACUCCACGGUCGGCUGCGCGGCGACGGCGAGCGGCAGGAUUCUGCCGCUGAACCUGACCACCACCGCCGCCGCGCUGCCGUCCUCGCUCUCGGGCGGCCCGUGCCUCUUCUUCCCCGCGUCCCGGCGCCGGCUCCCGGACCUCCUCGCGGCCAGGAUGGGCCUCCCAUCGCCGCCCCCGAUCUCCGCGCUCAACGGCACCGCGUCCGAAGCCGCGCGGGGCGUCAACUUCGGCGGCGGCGGUGGGCAGCUGUUGUUCUACGGCGGCGGCGAGGGCGGGUCGUCACCGUGGUCGUCGGUAUUCCGCUUGGGCUCCGUCGGGCAGCAGGUCCGCCUCGCCUCCGAGACGCUGCAGCUGCUGCAGCUCGAGGCCGCCGCGCCGGGGGAGGGGGAGUCGUCCGCCGCGGUGUUCGUCCUGUCGUUCGGCGCCGACGCCUACGCGCGCCUGCUCGCGCGGGGGAACGCCGAGGCCGACGCCGCCGCGCCCAAGCACGGCCGCCGCGGGUUCGCCCGCCUCCUCGCCGACCGCGUCGCGCGCGCCGUCUCGGUACGUACGCGCGCACUUCUCUCUUCGCACGCGGUACGACGAACGAACGCCUUGACGCGCGUCAUGCGGCGGUGCGGUGCGGUGCUGCCGGCGGCGGCGGGGUGUGCGUGCGUGCAGGAGCUGUACGAGGCCGGCGUGCGGAGGGUGGCGGUGAUGGGGGUGCCGCCGCUGGGUUGCGCGCCGCGCGUCAUGUGGGAGCAGAUCCCCGCCCGCGACGGCGGCGGCUGCGUGGAGGAGGCGAACGAGCUCAUCGAAGCGUACAACGGCAGGCUCGCGGCGAGGCUGGACGACCUGCGGCCGCUGCUGACCGGCGCCGACCUUGUGUUCUGCGACGUGUACAAGGGGAUGAUGGAGAUCAUCUCCAAUCCCGCCACCUACGGAUUGGAGGAGACGAGGGAGGCGUGCUGCGGGCUGGGCCCCUUGAGGGCCACGGUGGGGUGCGUCAGCAAGGAGAUGGCGUGCGGCACGCCGGAGCGCCACGUGUGGUGGGACCUCUACACCCCCACGGAGGCCGCCGACGACCUCGUCGCCAACUGGUCCUGGACGUCGUCGUCGUCGGACUCCGGCGCCGGCGCCACGAGCAUCUGCCGCCCCAUCUCUCUGCAGCAGCUGGCUGCUGGGUCGCCGCCGGCGGAGGUGUAGGUUCCAAAAUAUUUUAUAAAAUGGACACCGUAGCUCUUUCGUUAGUAUUUGAUAAAUAUUGUCCACUAACUAGGCUCAAAAGAUUUGUCUCGUCAAUUCCGAUCAA